GGAGUCCUACUCGCCAAGCGUCCGAGUCGCCUUUCCAAGUCACAGAGUGCCAAGGGCACCCCGUCAGAGAUGCUGGUGCGGUUUGGAAGGCGCUGUGGACGGGCGAAGGAAGGCACAGAAAUAAAGAACUCUGAAGAAGAUCAAGCUCUCUAUCCACCUCUUCUACCUAGCAAGGUAGAUCUCCGGCAGGUUACCAUAAUUCCACACAAUGAGUGGAAAAGGAUUCAAGAUAGCCUUGACAGUUUGACAAGAGAAGCAGCAUGUCUUCGUGCAGAAAGAAAGGCAAAGAAAGAAAUGCAUUUCCGGUCCCAAGAAAUGGUAAAGCACUGGACUAAUACAUAUGCAGGGAUGAAAGAACAGAAACUUAAAGCCAAAAAGAAGCGUGAUGAAGAAAUAGAGGCAGAAAGACAAAUUCUUGAUAUAGAGGAAGAAAUAUACAAACAAGGAGAAAGAAAAAAGGCUAUUGAAUUUGCAAAGCAAUAUCAAUUUUACCAGACAGAAAGAGUGAAACACUUUCAUUCAGGACUUCUUCUUAGUAGAGUUAUGAAAGAACGUGAUGCACAGAUUGAAUCCCAAAAGAAAAAAAUAAAAUCAGAUAAAAAAUGGGAAGAACAAUUGAAACUCAGCAUUGAAAAAGCUUUUAAAGAAGAACAAGAAAAAGCAGAAAAACGACGCAGAGAUAGAAUCGCUCUUGCCAAUGAUCAUUUAAAACAAAUCAAGGAACAUAAAGAGGAAGAAGAAAGAAGGAGAAAACAUGAAGAAAAGGAUGCUAAGGAAAUAAAGCGACAAAAUGCAUUAUAUGAAAUAGAAAUGAGGAAAAAACUAGAAAAGAAAAAAGAAGAGAUAAAUGAAAGCAGAAGACUGUUUUUUGAACAUAUGAAUGACAAAAAUAUCAUCAAAGCUGUAGAACAGCAGCAGCAAGAGGAGGAAGAUGAAAAGAUUAGAAAAUUCAUCAAAGCAAAAAAGCGUCUUACACAAAUAAGGAAAGAAAAAGAAGCUGAAACACACAGGCUAAUGGAAGAAAGGAGAGAAAGAAUAAAUAACUUGCUGAGUGAACUGAUAAAAGAGAAACUUGACAAUGAAGAUUUGAUUAUUGCUAGAGAUACUGCAGAAGCUGAGGCUGAAUGGGAAAAAAGAGAAAAAGAAAAAUAUGAAAAAAACAAAGCAGAAUUAAAAGCGAUUGCAGAAUAUAGAGCUGUUGUGAUGAAAAAUAAAGAGGAAGAAGAAAGACGGAGGAAACUAGAGGAUAAAGAACAAUUGCUGGCUAUCCUGAAAGCAGAUCGGAUUUUCCAGGAGCAUGAGAAGGAGAAAAAACGCAAAGCUGAUAAAGAACGACAAGAAGUUCGAGAUGCCCAUAUUCAGCAAAUGGCCAAAAAUAAAUUUAACACAAAGCAAGAAAAGCAAGCAGAAUUAGAGUACUGCAGACUUACUGAAGCUCUUGUGGCUGAAAAGGAGAAGGAAUUUCAAGAUUAUGCCAGAGAAGUAAUUGAACUUGAGUCUGAAUCAACAAAUAAAUAUAUUUAUCCUCUUGUAAAAGCUGUACAGGAAGGACAUGGAGGUGGCUGUGGACCAGUUUUUGUGAACAGAGGUGGAUUAAGACCCAGUUAUCAGGCAAAUGAUGGCACCGGAGUCCAGCUCCCUUUCUAUAACUCUCGGGGAUCAAAAUAUAGUAAUUUUCAAAAGUCUAAGGGAAAGCUAGGUUUUACAUGGUAGAAAAAAGUUUAAGAUUGAGAAGACUAAGUUGUAGCUAAUAUUAUGAGCUACAAAUAAGUGAAUUUUAUGCUUAUAAUUUGUUAAUAAAGCUGCUUUUCAUCUAAGUGCAAUUACAUCUGUUCUAAUAGAUUCUUCACUACCAUAGUUUAAUCCCUUUGAUAAUACAUACACAACAUAGUGUAAUUUUAGUCUUUAAAAAUACGUACUUAAUGCUACAAGUAUAGCUAUAAUAUUGUACAACCAUUAACAUAUCUGGUUCCAGAAUGUUUCAUUGCUCCAAAGGGAAACCCUGUACCUAAGCAGUCACCUCCCACUUCCCCUCCCUUUCCACAGCCUCUGGCAACUUUGUCUCUAUGGAUUUGCCUAUUUUGGGUAUUUCACAUAAUUAUAUGGAAUCAUACUGUG